UUAUGACAAAUGUAUCUUGCCUGUAACUACAUAUGGACUGAAGACCAUGGCCUUUGCAAAGAAAACCUUAGAGCAGCUCAGUACACCCAAGGAGUGAUGGAGAGGGCUAUGCUAGGGAUCAGUUUGAGAGACAGGAUGCGAAAUAUCGACAUUCGGCAAAGAACAAACAUUACUGUUGUCGCAGAACGUAUAGCAAGACUCCAGUGGCAAUGGGUCGGACAUGUUGCUCGAGAUAAUCCCGAAAAAUGGACACAGAGAUUAACAAACUGGAGACCAAGAGAGAACAGGCGAGGAGUAGACAGACCACAGAAGAGUGGGCAAGCAGUGGAUGCGAAUUGUGAAGAGUAGAAAUCAAUGAAAGCAAAUGGAAGAGGCCUAUGUUCAGCAGUGGACGAAUACAGGCUGAAGAAGAAGAAGAAGAUGGGAAAGAAAAAGACAUGAAAAAGAGUAAAAUCGGAGAAGCAGCUCUCAUCCUAC